AUGGGCCUAACCAACUGCGCCCCCUCACUGCCGCAGCUGAUGUACCUGGCUGACUGCUCGCCACAACUGAUGGGCCUGGCAAAUUGCUGUGUCUCACCACUGCACCUGAUGGGCCAGGUCGACCGCAGUGCCUUGUCGCAGUGCCCCGCCUGGCUGACUGCACUGCCUUGCCGCCGCACCGCGUGGGCCUGGCUGACCACACUGCUUCGCCGCAGCACCGCGUGGGCCUGGCUGACUGCACUGCCUCGCCCUGUGGGCCUGGCCGACUGCACUACCUCGCCGCCGCGCCCAGGGGGCCUGGCCGACCGCACUGCCUCGCUGCCUCACCCUGUUGGCCUGGCCGACCGCACUCCCUUGCCGCCUCAGCCUGUCAGCCUGGCCGACCGCACUACCUCGCCGCCGUGCCACGUGGGUCUGGCUGACCGCACUGCCACGCCACCUCGCCCUGUGGGCCUGGCCGACCGCACUGCCUCGCCGCCUCGACCUGUCGGCGUAGCCGACCGCACUGCCUCGCCGCCUCACCCUGUGGGCCUGGCCGACCACACUGCCUCACCGCCACGCCCAGGGGGCCUGGCCGACCGCACUACCUCGCCGCCACGCAACGUGGGCCUGGCCGAUCGCAGUGCCUCACUGCUUCGCCUCAUGGGCCUGGCUGACCACACUGCCUCGCUGCCACAACGCAUGGGCCUGGCUGACCGCACUGCCUCGCCGCCUCGUCCUGUGGGCCUGGCCAACCGCACUGCCUCGCCUCCUCGCCCUGUCGGUGUGGCCGACCGCGUUGCCUCGCCGACUCGCCCUGUGGGCCUGGUCGACCGCACUGCAUUGCCGCCUCGCCCUGUGGGCCUGGCCGACCGCACUGCCACGCCGCCUCGCCGCCUCGCCCUGUGGGCCUGGCCGACCACAUUGCCUCCACCGCCUCGCCCUCUGGGCCUGGCCGACCACACUGCCUCGCCGCUCGCCCUGUGGGCCUGGCCGACCGCACUGCCACGCCGCCUCGUCCUUGGCUUUAUGGCACACCUGAUGGGCCUGGCCCGACCGCAGAGCCGCGCUGCCGCACCCCUGUGCCUGGCCGUCCGCAUUGCCUCGCCACCGCACCUGAUGGGCCUGGCCCGACUGCAGUGCCUCACCGCCGCUUCUGAUGGUCCUGGCCCAUCCGCAGUGCCUUGCCCCCGCACCUCAUUGCCCUGGCCGACCACAGUGCUCGCCACGACACCUGAUGGGCCUGACCCGACCACAGUGCCUCGCCGCGACACAUGA